GGUCAGAUAAGGUACAACUUCAUACAUUCCGUCACUAUGCCAACACUAGGACCGCUACAGCGUUAUGUUCUUUAAGUUAAACUAAUUUAAACAUGCGGAUAGUUGUGAUCGGGUCUUUAAUACUGUCAAUAGCAGCUGCUUAUUACAUCUACAUCCCUCUGCCCAGCACUAUAUCAGAGCCAUGGAAGCUUAUGUUUAUGGAUGCAAUAUUACGUGGUAUAAUGCAAUUGAGUUUUCUAGCUCAUGAUCUCGGACUGAGUCGACCCUUCGACUUAAUGAGAUACGCUGCAUCAUGGGAUGUGAUAAGAGGUCCAAAAUCAAACCCUAAAAUUCGGGUCACAGAAACGUCCUUCUCUGGAGUCCUGGCACAAGUAUUUGAGCCCACUUCAACAAACCUACAGCAGCGUUUGAAAAGAGGUGUUGUUUAUUUCCAUGGAGGUGGAUGGACGCUUGGCAGUGGAAACAUGCAAACAUAUUUUCUUCAGUGCAGAACUAUGGCUGAAGAGUUGGAUGCAGUUGUAAUAUCUAUUGAGUACCGUCUGGCCCCGGAGGCACGAUUCCCCGACCAGUACAAUGAUGCUCUUCAGGCCUCGAAACAUAUCCUGACAACGGAGGUGUUGGGUCAGUACUCUAUAGACCCAGAAAGAGUGGCCGUGUCAGGUGACAGCGCUGGGGCCAACCUAGCCGCUGCUGUUGUGCAACAGAUGGCCUUGGACGACAGCAUUUCUAUUAGGUUCAAAGUUCAGGCUCUUCUCUACCCCGUUCUUCAGGCUCUGGACUUCAACACACCCUCAUACCAGCAAAAUGGCAACAUUCCUAUCCUACACCGUCCACUAAUGGUUCGAUUUUGGCUGGAGUACCUCAAUGGAGAUCCUAAACUUGUUCCUUCUUUGCUGGCUAACAACCACACAGCUCUGAAUCAAGGCCAGGAGAUAGCAGCAGCUAAAGCUAAGAUCAAUUGGACCCAGCUUCUUCCGGUGGCCGUUCAGAAGAACUUUAAGCCCGUCGUGCCGGUUCAGGGUGACCCAAAGCUGGUGGAGAUGCUGCCAGCGUUGCUGGAUGUGAGAGCAUCUCCUUUAUUAGCUGAACAGGAAGUGUUGAAGGGCGUGCCGCCCGCCUACAUCCUGACCUGUGAGCAUGACGUUCUGAGAGACGAGGGAUGGAUGUACGGCAGACGACUUGAGGAAGCUGGAGUGCCCGUCACUAUUGAUCACUAUGAAGAUGGUUUUCAUGGAUGCACAAGUUUUGCUUUCGGGCCCUUCAGAUUCUCUGUGGGAUUGAGGAGUUUUGGGAACUACAUCCAGUGGCUACUUACAAAUCUCUAGCAGUUUUUUAAGGCACAGAUUUCAUAGUUUUCUAUUUUAAUGUUAAAUAUAUUUUAAGUAUGAACAUUUUAAAAUGAAUCAUUUUAGAUAAAAAAGCAAUGCAACAAUUCAAUGCAACAGAGUAUUUGUGAAGAACUGAAUAGGAACAAUACCACUGACACAUGGCUUCUGUACCUCUGAAAAUAGUUUUGGUAACAAUAAACUAUUGUUUCAGUAUAAGUGGAAAACUACUACUUUGUAUUAUUGGUAAUGCCAUAAAAUGCAGAAUGAUCCAGAUUAUGCAAAGAGGCUUGUGUGUUGACAGAGUGUUUCAAUAAUGAAUUCCAGUAAUUUCCAGGUCAAAAAAGGUGGAAGGGAUUUUCUCAAUCCAUAGAGCUGAUGAAAAUGAUAUCAAUUUUAUAUGUGUGUGUCUGCUAAAACAUACCUUUUGUCAACGUUUCAAGUACACUAGCAUAUGGAUGACCUCUGAUCUAACAAAUAUGACUGAAAAACACAAAACCCAUUAAUGUAUGGGUUCUGUAAAACAUAAAGUAAAACAGGUUUAAACUUAGAAGGCUUUGGAAAGAUUAAGCUCAGCCAUUUCUUUAGGAUUUAUUUUCAUAUUCCUGUGAAAGUGUGUGUUUCAUACACUCAUGAUCUGCAUCAAUAACCCACAUGUUCACAUAUUUAUGUGUUUAAACAAACACACACACACACACACACACGCGCGCGCGCGCGCACACACACACGUUCUGGUUUCCAUGUUUUUUGGGGACAUUCCAUAGACGUAAUGCAUUUUAUUCUGUACAAACUGUAUAUUCUAUUCCCCUUACCUGCCCCAUUCCCUAACCCCAACCAUCACAUGAAACUGUCUGAUACCUUAGAUUUUCAAGAAACAUCAUUCUGUUUGAUUUAUUAGCUUGAUUCCUCAUGGGGACAUCAAAAUGUCCCCACAAGGUCACAAAAAUACUGGUAUUCCUAUCUUUGUGGGGACAAUUGGUCCCCCCAACGUGAUAAUUACCCGGCCGCGCGCACACACACACACACACACACACACACACACACACACACACACUGUGCUGUCUGCCCAUUUUUUUUUUUUUUUUGCAGCUGAAUCUAGGCGUGACAUUGCACAGAUGUGCAUUACCAUGCUUCAAGAAGCAACAGUGGUAUCAAAAUGAGAAAUACAUGUGGUUUUAUAAUUAUUUAUUUUUGUUUCAAAUAAUUUUAAGUAUUCCUGAUUUUUACUGUUUUUUAGUAGCAACUGAUGAAUGAUGAUUUACUGAUUUUACACUGAUUUUAACACAUAAUUAUGACCUUACCAGUGUUGCUGUAUUCUGAUAAUUGUAUUGUCUCCUUUAUGAUUAAGUGUUUGUGUUUAACCAGUUGAAAAUUGUUUUAAAAUAAUGCAUCUGCUAACUGAUUAAAUGCAAAUAUACAAUAAAGAAUAAAACAUUGUUAUAUUUCAAGACACAAAAAUGUGUUUGAAACAAUUUAUGGUAUUUGUUUGAGCAUCAUUACAUGGUCUACGAGCAAGCUUAAUAACUUAAUAACUUUUCUCAAAUGUGAUCUGCACUGUUUUUAAAUCUACUUUAUUAGUAUAUAAUGUUAUGUAAUGUUUAUUGUUUAAUUAUACAUUAAGAUUUAUUGUAUUGUUAUUAUGCACUUUUCUUAUUAGAAGAGAGUCCGAAAUUAAAUAAAUAUAGUUUUAAGUCUA